UCUACCGUGUCUCUCUCUCUCAUCAGACACCACAUCAGUCAGCAAAAAGAAAGAGAGAGAAAAGGCUCAAACUUCAAACCCCCAUCAUCCCAUGUGAGCUGGUAAGAGCCCUUCCAAAACCCAGCCCCAGAUCCACACCACUUUUGACGUACAAAACACGAACCACCACCCAAACUUCACAUCAAAACAAAACCCAUUAAUAUCAUCCCCUCCUCUCAAACUCACAAAAACCAUUAUGUAGCUUCCCUUCUUCUUUUUCUUCCUUUUUUCUUUUUUGGUUCUUGUUUUUGUUUUUGCUUCAAACAAAGAUAAUGGAGAUGAAGAUGAUGAGAAAAGAUGAUGAGAUGAACAUGAUCAAAGUGAAGAAGCAUCAUCAUAUUCAUCAUCCCCACCAAAAAUCCCAAACCCUACCGCCCUCCCCAACCCACUCUUUCUCUUCCUCCUCCUCUUCAGAUUUCGAGUUCACAAUCUCUCUCUCUCCUCGCAAAUCCUCCAACACCCUCUGCCCCGCCGACGAGCUCUUCUACAAAGGCCAGCUCCUCCCCCUCCACCUCUCCCCCCGCCUCUCCAUGGUCCGCACCCUCCACCUGCCCUCCUCCGCGUCAUCGUCUUACAACUGCUCAUCCUCCGAAACUACCACCUCACGUGACUCCACCGCCAGCAGCUCCAAUGAGUCACGUGACUCCACCUCCUCCUUCGCCAGCGACCUCGGCCUCCUCGCAGACCAGUCCUGCGGCUCCUCUCGCCCCAGCUCCGUCGCCGAGGACACCAACGACGAGUCUUACAAGCGCCUCGGCAGCAGCAGCAAGUACGCAGUGCAGCACACCGCCAGCAACAACGAUGCCGUUUCGAGGAAGAAGUACUUCUCCUUGUCGAGAUUCUCGUCCGUGUUCAAGAAGGAGCCGAAAGUACAGAAAGACAACAAUGUUCCAGAUCACCAGCAGCAAAACAACAACAACAUGGUGGGGCCCGGAUCCAAUAAUGCAUCAUCAGCGAAGCCGAAACGUAUGAGUUUGACUGCCAAGGAGGUUUUUAGCAAAUACUUGAAGAAGGUGAAGCCCUUGUAUGAAAAACUCUCCCAAAAACAGCAACAGAAAAUGGGAGGAGUAGGAGGAGGAGGAGGAGGCGGCUUAAGCAUCAUCACGACCACAAAAACCUCAGCAGAAAAAUGCGCCACGAGAAAUAAUAAAGAUUGUGGUGGCAGCAGUCAUGGCUUAGUUUCUCAGUCCUUCUCGGGUAACCUGAGGUACCCAAGAAGGAGGGGCAGCGUUUCGAGCUGCCCUUCUUCCAUGAGGUGCUCCCCAAGCCACUCAGGCGUUCUCUCCCGUACUACCGGGUUAACGGGUUCAGGCUCGGGUUUGGGUACUAGUGGUGGCAACAGUUCAGUGUCGUCGAUGGAGGAGCUUCAGAGCGCAAUUCAAGGUGCAAUUGCUCAUUGCAAGAACUCCUUGGUGGUUCAGAGCAAGAGUGCUGCUACGUGCCAUGGUCAGUGAUGAGAUUUGAGAUCCAACCUAAUUAAUUAAUUUGACUUAUAUUAGAAUUUGAUGAAUGAAUUAAUUAAUUAAAGUUGAUUUCGUCUAGAUAAAUAGAUCUGUACAAGUUUUUUUAUCUCUGCGUCUGUUUUCCAAAUGCCCGAGGUCUCAUGAAAAAGCUGCAUCUGCAUGCAUGACAUGCAUGACAUGCAUGUGAUGGGGAUGGAUAUGAUAUGAUGGUAUUUUGGAAACUA